ACCCGUUCUCAGAAAGAACUCCCUGCGCCUGCGAUUCCUCUCGUUAUAAGGACGCUCCUCGUCCUCCCUGUCCUGCCCAGCUGCGCUCUCCGGCCUUGCACUCUCCUUUAUCCGUUGCCCUCAUAAUUAUUGAUCCAUCAUGGUCGACUGGCAGUCACCCGCAGAGAUCGCAAAGGAUAGCGAGGCGUUUGCCAGGUUCAUGCACGCCUUGAUCGGCCUGUAUAUGUGGGAGUUCGUCACCUCCCUCCCAUUCGAUUGGGAGUUCAUUUCGGGGAGGAAAAAGUUCCGGUGGCCAAUGGUCUUUUACUUUGCCAACCGCUACUUUCUACUCAUUGCACUCGUUGGGAUCUUGGUUGUAUUGAACGUCACCAGACCCCUUAAUUGUCAAGCAUUGUACACGUUUGUGCAAUGUUUCGGCAAUGCGUCCAUCGGCCUUGCCAGUAUCAACCUGUCCAUCCGCACGAUGGCCGUCUGGUCCCAGAAGUGGUACAUCGUCGCCCCACUGGUCUGCAUUAUCCUGGGGCACUGGUCUAUGCUCCUCCAUGGCAUCCUUCUGACGGCAGCAUACAUCCCUGGCCAGGGUUGCGCCAUCACGAACACUAACAGCAAGCUGCUCGCGGCGACCUUUAUCUACUCCAUGUGCUUCGACUUCCUCGUGCUGACACUCACUGCGUGGAAGCUCGCGUAUCCAUGGAAGGGUCGCUCGGCAUUGUUCAAGAUGAUCUUCGGAGAUGGCUUGGUCUACUUCGCUGUCGCCUUCUUGGCGAACUUGAUCGCGACGAUUUUCAUGCUCUUGGACCUCAACCCGGUCAUGUCGAUCAUCGCAAACGUUCCGGCUGCUAUCGCGUCUUCCAUCGUGGCUUGCCGAGUUGUCCGACGGCUGACCAAGUUCACCACCCGAGGGCCGGAGUUGUUCUCGUCAACCGGUCAGGGUUCAACCCUUGCCUUCCGUGGAACUCGACCUCCGCCCACGACGAUGUCCUUCAAGAAGCCUAUUGGCACCGAGAGCAUGGGCGUCCAUGUGCAGAUGGAGACGUUCACCGCCCAGGAUCCCAAGGACGAGUCCUUCAUGGAAUACGAUGCUGCUGGCAAAGUCGUCAAGGAGGGGCAAUAUGACCCCGAAGCGCAGGCAAUCAGCGACGAGUUCAAGCGACCUCCGUAUUAAGCCUUUCCUCCUGUCGGCUCCAUUUUCCUACUCACAUCCUACCUCGGUCACCUCCCCGCCGCGCCGUCGCCGUCCCCGCCAUCAUACACUUCUCUGCAUAUAGAUCGUUCUGAACCGUCGUCAUCGCUCUUUCAUCAUUCGUUUUCUAUGGCACUGUCAUUUGUGUCGGUCUCUUGCAUCUUGUAUCCUUGCAUCAUUGGGUCGAUUCAUUCAUCCAUCUCCCCCCACCCAGUCGCAUUGCAUCACAUUACCUCUAUUUUACUCGGUCAUACCGGGUCGGUCGGUCGGUUGGACUUUGGGUCGCUGUCGUUGUCCUUGUAGGUCUAGGUCUGCAAUUCAAAGUUGGAGUCUCUGGUUAUACGUUUCCUUGCUUUUCUAGCUGUGCAUCUUUGCUUUCGUUGUCUCCUCAAAAAGGCGACCCCAGUGGCAACUGGGCGCUGCCGUGUAGACCCGUAGGGUUGUGUUUAUUAGUGUAAUAUUAUAUAGUGUAAUUCUAGGUCCUGGUUCAUAGAAUGCACUUUGUCCCAUCUG